ACAAUUUCUUCCAUUUACAAAGCAUGGCUACUUUUUGCAUUAAAAAUAACCUUUUUCAGUGACGCUACGCGUCGGAACGGCAGACGUGAGAGAACAUCAUUCAAUAGAAUACAGCUGGAGCAUUUGGAGCGCGUUUUUCGUGAAACCCAUUACCCGGAUCUUUACAAAAGAGAGGAGGUAGCCAGAGCAAUCAAUUUACAAGAGGCCAGAGUCCAGGUAUGGUUCAAGAAUAGACGUGCUAAGGAUCGACAGUUAAAAAAGACACACCAGUUGCAAAUUAGCCAGAGGGCAACAUCUGGGUCUUCGUCUAAUGAAAGCCCUCCACCUGAGCCAAAAGUUUCCGACUUGAAAUUGUUGACCAACAUUGCUGUUCCUGGCACUGCUGAAUUUAAUCAACGUAACGAUUCAAAGUACGCCUCAGUUGGUGGAAUGGGUCUAAAGAUGGAAAAAGAAGAGCAAAAGUACGUCGAGAACAAGUUUCCCAGUGGUUCACCUCCUACAUCUGCAGCUUGGGCGUAUCCUCUUCCCACUACCAGUUAUUCCAUCUACAACAAUUUCUACGCCACACCUCCUAACUACUAUCAUCAUUACGGAUAUACGUCAGAUUAUACGCCACAAAAUCCGUCAUAUUGCGGACAACUGUGA